CGCCUUCACCGUUCCCUUCAUAUCUGCUUCAGGAAUGGAUGAUGAUGCACCAGAUGAGGCCUUGGCUGAGUUCAAGACGAAGCACCUCGGAGGAUGGGGUGUGGCUCAGAUAGCUGCUGGCACUGGGCUUACUGUAUAUGCCAUGUGGGUGGGAAUCAUCCAGCCAGGCUUCCGAAAAGUCCCCUUGAGGCUACAGGUGCCGUACAUUCCUGCCAGCAAAGCUCAAGUAAAUCAUGUAAUGACAUUGUUUAGAGGUCGAAAGGGGGGCUUUGUGGAUUUGGGAUCUGGUGAUGGCCGCAUUGUCUUGGAAGCACAUCGGCAGGGUCUCACUCCUGCUGUUGGUUAUGAGCUCAACCCUUGGCUUGUUCGCAUGGCCCGCUUUCAUGCCUGGAGAGCAGGCCAUCAUGAGGAAGUGUCGUACCGACGGGAAGAUCUCUGGAAGGUCGACUUGACAGGAUGCAAGAAUAUCACAGUGUUUUUGGCUCCGAGUGUGCUUUCUUUACUGCAGCAGAAGUUGGAGACUGAGCUUCCCGAGGAUGCCUUGGUUGUAGCUGGUCGUUUCCCCUUCCCUAACUGGACACCCUGCAGAGUUGAGGGACAAGGUGUGGACAGAGCCUGGGCAUAUAGCAUGCAAGCACAAAGACAGCACACCUUCAAGAAAAAUGACGUGCCCACAGAUAGCAACCUCAACAAUGAACUAACCAAGACGAAAGGACCCACUUGAAGCAACAUGGAUGUUCCUGGUAUUUUACCCUCUAUAACUGUAACAAUAAGGCAUACUGUAAGUCAUUAACUUACUCCUUAUAAGAUGUAAAUACCCCUUCCUGGAAAUUGUUGGACAUUUACCCUAACUUGACUGUCAGUUGGACUUUUUUGAUCUGUUAUCAUGAGUUUGAACCUGAAUCUCCCGAGCAAGGGUUCGCUUCAAGAACACUGUCGAUCUUUUUAAGAAUGACCUGCCUGGGGUGAGCCAGUUUAAAAAUGUUGUAUCACCUGUGUUUGUUCUGCUGUGUUCAGUGAAUGCCACACAAUUAAAGAUUAUUUUAUUUCUUAAGUGUUAA